CGCUCCGCCGCCCGCCGACAUGGCCGCCGCGGCUGCCGGCCGUCACUUCCGGUCCGCGCCGCCGCCGCUUCCGGCCGCUGCCAUGGCGACGGCGCCGUCGCUUCCGGUUGUUGCCACGGGGCGCCGCCGAAAAUCACCGAAUUUAACCCGUUCCCCGCCUGAAAAACACGGGAAAAGUUUAAUAAAGGAGACGAGGAGACAAAGAUAAUAAGGCGAAGCCUCAGGGGAGGCCUGUGCUGCUGUGAAAACCAAGGAUGUGACGCUGGGGAUGAUCAGAGGAGCUGAACUGCUCUGUUUCCUGAAAAACACAGGUUUGUUUGAGCUGGCACGAGGUGUUUGUAAAUCCAGGGAACGCCCUUUUUUAUUUUUUCCUUAUCCAGGUGCUAAUGCAGGUGUUUCGUUGACAGGCACGGGAGUCUCUGCAGGAUGGCAACUGCUCAGAAGCAAAGGAGUUCGGUGAGUGCAGUUGUAUUUCCCAAGAAAAUAGCCACGGAGCAGCAAUCCCUGAUGCUGGUGAAGAGGCUCCUGGCAGUGGCAGUGUCCUGCAUCACGUACCUGAGGGGAAUCUUCCCUGAGAGUGCCUAUGGAACCAGAUACAUGGAUGACGUCUGUGUCAAAAUUCUGCGGGAAGACAAAACCUGUCCUGGCUCUACCCAGCUGGUGAAAUGGUUGUUAGGAUGCUACGAUGCCUUGCAGAAGAAAUACCUGAGACAGAUUGUCCUAGCAGUCUAUACCCAGACAGAAGAUCCUCAGACAGUCACAGAGUGUUACCACUUCAAGUUCAAGUACACCCACGAUGGGCCACUCCUGGAUUUUGGCAGCAAGGACAGGAAGUCAGACUCCACCAUCAGCUGUGCAGACACCAAGAAGGCCAGCAUCCUCCUCAUCCGCAAGAUCUACAUCCUGAUGCAGAACCUCAGCCCCCUGCCCAACGACGUCUGCCUCACCAUGAAACUGCUCUACUACGAUGAGGUUACACCCCCUGAUUACCAACCUCCAGGGUUCAAGGAGGCCAAGGACGAGGGGCUGCUGUUCAAGGAGGAGCCCAUGUACCUGAACGUGGGGGAAGUGCCAACACCUUUUCACCUGCUGAAGCUGAAAAUCACAACUGAGAAACAGCGCAUGGAGAAUGUUGAUAAGAGCAUCCUAAAGCAGGGGGAGACUGCUGAGCCUCUGCAGGUGGCAAAAGAAGAGAGCCAGGACAUGGAUGAGGAUCCUGGCUUGGAUAACGAAGUGGAAGAUAAGAAUAAUGUGAAUAUUUCAGAAGCUCAAGAAAAGAAUUCAGCUGAUGAAGAGGAAGCUGGAGGGCUCCAGACUCCCCUCAAUGUUUCCAAUCCUCAGGUUGAUCAUUUGACCCGUAAAACAUCUGAGCUGAUUGUGUCAGAGAGCAGGACAAGAAGUGGGAAGAUAUUCCAAAGCUGCAUUGUGCACCAGGCUGAGCUCUCCUCCAGCCAGGAGGUGCUGCCCAAAAGGAGGAAGCUCAGCGAGCCCAAGGAACAGUUUUAGUUGCCCAAAAGGAGGAAGCCCAAGGAACAAUUUCAGUUGCCCAAAAGGAGGAAGCCCAAGGAACAGUUUUAGUUGCCCAAAAAGAGCAAGCUUAAUGAGCCCAAGGAACAGUUUUAGUUGCCCAAAAGGAGGAAGCUCAACAAGCCCAAGGAACAAUUUCAGUUGCCCAAAAG